AUGGCCUGGUUCCAGCCAUAGGCGCCUUUUUUCGGGCUGUCGGGCUGGCCGCCCCAUUUUUGCUCGGGCAUGCCGUAAUCGCUGUAGAGCUCAAUAAAUGCCGGGUACACAUGCUUUCCUUUCAAAUCCAGGAGCACCGCUUCUUUCGGCACCUCUGCCUUCGCAGCAGCCUGGAUCACUUUGCCGUCUUUCACCAGCAGGACGCCAUUUGCGAUCACGGUUUCCGCAUCCACAUGCAGGCUGCAGUUACUGAACGCAUAGAGGGUGUGUUUGGGAUCUGGGGCCCCGUUUACCGGGAAGGUCGAUUGA